AUGCUGUUGAAGCACGGUGUUGAUGCCAAAGCCAGGGACGAUGUGAGUGCCUCCCUUUUUCCGUACCUUCUGGGAAUGUAUGGCCGGACUGCAGUACACUAUGCCUGCGAUCAAGUCUAUGUCAAGGUGUUGGAGAUGCUGGUGGAGCAUGGCGCUGAUGCAAAAGCCAUGGACGACGUCAGUACCUCCCACUUGCUCUUCCGUCUUAUGAUGUAUGGCCGGACACCACUGCACUAUGCCUGCCAUACCGGUCGUAUCAUGGUAGUGUUGAUGCUGUUGGAGCAUGGUGUCGAUGCAAAAGCGCAGAACAAGGUCAAUACUUCCCUCUUUCCCAUUAACCUUCCUCUGCUGGGCGGCCGAGCACCACUGCACUAUGCCUGCUAUAACGGCCAUGUCAAGGUGGUGGAGACACUGUUGGAGCACGGCGUUGAUGCUGAAGCCAAGGACGAGACAACGGCCGCUGUUGUGGUGUCGGUGGAAGGCUGGCUCGGGCCGCUCCUGCCCGAGCAAUCCACCACGCACCCCCUCCCGCACCUCGAGGCCUUUAUCAGUGGUGCCAUCGAGCGAAACCCUAAUCUCACAGCGAUGGUUACGAGGAUCCAGAAAACCAUCGAUGAAGCUCCACCAGAGUUUCCUGCCUUGGACUGGCCUGCCUUCAAAGCGACCAUCACCCGCGCCCUCGGCGUCCUCGACCAAGCAGUGCAAGUUCCCGAAGCGCUACAGGGCUGCCUCAGCCAGCUGGACCCCAACAUUGACAAUCUAGAAUCGGUACUUGAAAAGAUGCAAAGUCUAACAGAGCAGAUUGAGCUCCAACCAGUCUAUCUUGAACUCCAGAACAUCUUGGCAAAAUGUCCCGCUCCAGCCACCGCGCCCACGACUGCGUUUGAGACGCCACCCACCGACUUUGCAGCAGCUCUGGGCAAACUCGUCAUGCUGCACAAUGUGGAACCCGAGCGCCAAGAACGGCUUACCAGCACUGAUACCAAUAUCAAGCGGCGGGUGCUGGCAUUGAUUGAUGCUCUGGACGCCGUGGCAAGGGCGGGUACCACCGACACUGACACAAUGCAUCGCGUGGACACGUUACGGCAACGCGCACAAUGCUCGGAUGUGAGCGCACCACUUUCGGCCAAGUCGUUACCCGAGGCGUGGGAGCAGCUGUGCCAGGCUCACGAACGUCUCAGCUCGCCCAAACAGAAUGGGCUGGAGCAGCUCGCAGACUGGAGAGCAGAACACGAUUAUGAGCAUCAGGACUGGUACCUGGCGUUUGUGCUGCACGAGACACAAGCCCUGUUGCAGCAGCUGCAGGAUAUGAUCGACUGGCAGGCCAAGACGCUGUCCGUGGUGACCUUAUGCGAAGAAUAUGCAAGCAGCAUCACGCAGAGCAGCGCAGAUCAAGUUGUAUCCAUUCAUGAGGAGGUGGCCGAGCUGCAGAAGAAAAUUCAGGCAACCACAGCAUUCUUGGCUUUUGUGUCAGACGACAUGCGAGCUGGUAUACAAGCCAACCUGGAUGAAGAGAAGGAACGACUUUCGACGUUGCAGCAGCAGCUCGAAGGCAACACAGGUGGACCAGGUGGCAGCACUGGCAGAGCUACUGCACCAACACUUUCCGGCCCUCUUGAUCUUUUUGCACCCUGA